AUGGAGCCCCUUAAGUCCGAGGGUUUUACAGAGACUGGCAUCACAAAGCAGAUCAGUGGCGAGGAUGUCGAGGUUCAGCGUGGAGGACUGGGUGACCCCAAUCACGUCGAGUUGCAGCGUGCGCUCAAGGCGAGACAUAUUACUAUGAUUGCCAUCGGAGGUGCCAUUGGUACUGGAUUGAUUAUCGGAACUGGAGAAGCUCUCGCAAAGGCUGGCCCUGGCUCAAUUCUGAUCGCCUACGCCUGGGUUGGGUUCAUUGUCUAUUUGGUUAUGUGUGCUCUGGGAGAAAUGGCUGCUUGGCUUCCCUUACCCUCUGGUUUCACUGGUUACGCUAUUCGAUUCGUGGAUCCUGCGCUCGGCUUUACUUUGGGUUGGACGUAUUGGUUCAAAUACAUCAUUCUCUCACCAAAUCAAAUGACAGCCGGAGCAUUGGUCAUAUCAUACUGGAUACCGGCAGAAAAGGUCAACCCGGGAGUAUGGAUUACAAUAUUCCUCAUUUUGGUCGUGGCCAUCAAUUACUUCGGUGUGAAAUUCUUCGGAGAAUUCGAGUUCUGGCUUUCCUCUUUCAAGGUCAUCGUCAUUCUCGGAAUCAUUCUUAUGUCGUUCAUUCUCAUGCUGGGUGGUGGACCUACUCAUGACCGAACUGGUUUCCGCUACUGGAAGAAUCCGGGUGCGUUCAACCACUAUAUCAUGGAAGGACCUACAGGUCAAUUCCUAGCCUUUUGGUCGACUAUGGUCUCAGCAACAUUUGCCUACCUCGGUACUGAGUUGGUCGGAGUAACUGUUGGCGAGGCUCAGAACCCUCGCAAGACAAUCCCUCGCGCUAUCAAGUUGACCUUCUACCGAAUCCUGGUCUUCUACGUCGUGAGUGUACUCCUCGUCGGUACCCUCGUCCCCUACAACUCCGAACUCCUCGCCUUUGCAACCUCUGGCAAGGUCAGUGGCCAAGCAGCAGCCUCGCCCUUCGUCGUCGCCAUCAAGCUGGCCAAGGUCCCAGUCCUGGACCAUAUCCUGAACGCCUGCAUCCUGCUCUUCGUCUUCUCAGCAGCAAACUCCGAUCUUUACAUCGCCACCCGUACAAUCUACGGUCUCGCCCGUGAAGACAAAGCCCCCAAGAUCUUCGCUCGUACUGAUCGUCGCGGCGUUCCAGUGCCCGCCCUGGCAAUCUCCUCGUUCAUCGCCCUGCUCGCGUACAUGAACGUCUCCAGUGACUCCAAGACAGUCUUCAAGUACUUUGUCAACCUAGUCACCAUCUUCGGUCUCCUGACCUGGAUCUCGAUUCUGGUCACUCAUAUCUACUUUGUGCGUGCCCGCAAGGCACAAGGUAUCCCCGAGGAAAGCCUCGCAUACAAGGCACCCUUCGGUGCCGCAGGCUCAUACUUCGCGCUUGCAUUCUGUAUUCUCAUCGCCUUCACGAAGAACUAUGACGUUUUCGUGCACAACCCUAAGAAAUACGGCAACUUCGACUACAAGAACUUCAUCACGGCCUACCUCGGCAUUCCUCUCUACCUGAUCCUUAUCUUCGGAUACAAGCUCGUGACCAAGUGCAAGGGCGUCACCCCCGAGACAGCCGAUCUCUUCACUGGAAAGGAUGAGAUUGAUCGCGAGGAGGCGGCUUAUCUUGCUGCGAAGGAGGCUGAGGCUGAGAAGCACGCUGAUGCUGGGUGGUUCUACCAGAAGUUCGUUUCAUGGCUUUUCUAA